UUUAAAACAUUUAUUAUAAAUUCAUCGAUAGUGUGGAGUUGAUUAAAUUAGUUGGAAUGAAACGUAACUGUAACAGGUUGAAUUAUUAACCAGCCCGGUAUACAACCAUCUAGCCAUUCCAGAUUAAAUUGUUAAAAUUUUUUCUUAUAUACCAUCGUAUUUUAAUUUCAAAUACUUAUUCAAACUACUAUUGAAUUUAAGAAUUAUUAGACAUGGCAAUCAAGGUCAUUAUUAUUGGAUCUGGAGUUGGUGGUACUGCUGCAGCUGCUAGACUUAGCAAAAAAGGAUUUGAAGUCGAAGUUUAUGAGAAAAAUUCGUAUAAUGGUGGGAGAUGUUCAUUAAUUCAUCACAAUGGAUAUAGAUUUGAUCAAGGUCCAUCAUUGUACCUUAUGCCUAAAAUAUUCGAAGAAACAUUUGAAGACUUAGGGGAGAAUAUAAAAGACCAUAUAGAAUUGCUUCAAUGUAAAUCUAAUUACAAAAUUAAUUUUCACGAUGGGUUACAAUUUGAGCAUUCGUGUGAUUUAUCUAAAUUAAAACGAUCCUUGGAGAGAUUUGAGGGCAAUAGCGAAGAUACUCUAUUAAGAUUUUUUGAUUUUAUGAAAGAAUCUCACAUACAUUAUGAAACAAGUUUAGGCUUUGCAAUGAGAACCGAUUUUCAAAAUUGGUACGAUUUGUUGAAUAUCAAACAUAUUCCAACUUUAUUGAAGUUGCAUUUACACAAUUCUGUUUACACGAGAGCAUGUAAAUAUUUCAAAAGUGAUUAUAUGAGAAGAGCUUUCACGUUCCAAAGUAUGUACAUGGGGAUGUCACCGUACCACGGGGUUGGCGCAUACAACUUGUUACAGUACACAGAAAUAGCAGAAGGAAUUUGGUAUCCAAAAGGUGGUUUUAACAAGGUUUUGCAAAGUCUUGAAAACAUUGCUGUGAAACAUGGGGCCAAAUUUAAUUACAACAGUGAUGUUCAAGAAAUAAUAAUUGACAACGAAGGGGCUGCCAAAGGCAUCAAAUUGCGCAAUGGUGAUGUGAUAAACAGUGAUAUUGUAAUUUGUAAUGCUGAUACUGUUUACGCUUACAACCAUCUUUUACCGAAAACAUCUUACGCUGAAAAACUCGGCAAGAAAAAACUCACUUCGUCAUCAAUAUCGUUUUACUGGUCUAUGAAUCAGAUCAUACCUCAAAUGUCCGUGCACAACAUAUUUUUAAGCAGCGAGUUCAAAUCAAGUUUUGAUCAAAUUUUCGAUGACCAUACGUUACCGGACGAUCCAUCAUUUUAUGUAAACGUGCCCAGUCGUAUCGACCCGACAGCAGCACCGGAAGGCAAAGAUACGUUCGUGAUAUUAGUACCAGUGGGACAUAUAUCUGAUAGACCUAAUAUUGAUUUUGAUCAACUUGUAAAAACGGCUAGGGAACACGUGAUCGCUACUAUUGAGAAAAGUUUAAAGAUAUCCAACUUCAGGGGUAUGAUUGAUCACGAGAUUGUAAAUGAUCCAAGAUCAUGGCAAAACGAAUUUAAUCUGUGGAAAGGAUCGGUUUUAGGAUUAUCUCACACAUUUUUUCAAGUUAUAUACUUUAGACCGAGUUUAAAGUGCAAGAUAUUUAAAAAUUUAUAUUUUGUCGGCGCUUCGGUGCAACCCGGUACUGGUGUACCUGUAGUUUUAUGUGGUGCAAAAUUAUUAGAGAAACAAAUCUGUGAUAGGUUUUUGACAAACAAAAAAGUGAAAUCAAAUUCGUGGUCAACAUUAAUAAUAUUUUUAAUCGGCCUAUUAUCAAUUUUAUUAUUUUGGUUGUCUUGA